AUGCCCGAGGAUGUGUCCCUGGUCAGGAACCGGACGGAGGCGGCUCCGGGCGCGCGCCCCGCUUGGGUGGUCACCGUGCUCGCGGCGGUGUUGAUCUUUACUAGCGUGGUGGACGUGCUGGGCAACGCACUGGUCAUCAUAUCAGUCCUGAGGAACAGGAAGCUGAGGAACGCAGGUAAUGUGUUUGUGGUGAGCCUGGCGUUUGCGGACCUACUGGUGGUGUGUUAUCCGUACCCGCUGGUCCUCCACGCGAUGCUGCAUGCGGGCUGGUUGCCGGGGGAGACAGAGUGUAAAGUGAGUGGUUUCCUGAUGGGGGCGAGCGUGAUCGGCUCCAUCUUCAACAUCACCGCCAUCGCCAUCAACCGCUACUGCUUCAUCUGCCAGGCCAGCAGGUAUGAAAAGGUAUAUGGACGCGCCGGGACCUCAGUGCUGCUUAUCCUGGUCUGGGUUCUGACAGCCAUCGCCAUCCUGCCCAACCUUGCGCUGGGCUCACUGACCUAUGACCCCCGAGUCUACUCCUGCACCUUCAGCCAGACGGCCAGCGCAGGAUACACCAUUGCCGUGGUGACCGUCCACUUCUUGCUGCCUAUUGCUGUGGUCACAUUCUGCUACUUGAGGAUCUGGGUUCUUGUGCUACAGGUGAGGAGGCGGGUCACCAGUGACGUGAGGCCACGCCUUCGGCCCAGCGAGCUGCGGCACUUCCUCACCAUGUUUGUUGUCUUCGUGCUUUUCGCCGUCUGUUGGGCGCCGCUGAAUCUGAUUGGCCUGGCCGUGGCCGUGGACCCACCAAGGGUGGCACCAAUGGUGCCCGACUGGCUCUUUGUGGUCAGCUACUUCAUGGCAUACUUCAACUCGUGCCUGAACGCCGUGGUCUACGGACUCCUCAACCAGAACUUCCGACGGGAGUACCGUCGCAUUUUGCUUUCUCUCUGCAAGCCCCGCCUUUUCCUGCAGGAAACAUCCAGGGGUGGCACGGAGCGCAGCAACAAGCAGUCACCUGGGAACAACAACAACGACCAGCCAAAAGCAGAGACAAUUUAA